AUGGCCUCUCAACCAAUGAGGGGCAGCGAUUAUACCCCGGAUGAUAUUGACACCCUGGUCCGACAGCUGUGCAAAUUUCUUCAUAGGCAACAUGGGGAACACCAUUCAGUGGUUGUCGACUUUGACGUGAUGGCCGUCUUCCUGAUGCAAGAGAUGGGACCUAAGCUACACAUCAGAAAAAUUGUCCUCCUGUUGCUCCAGCAAUUUGAAUCAGUCAUUUCACCCACCAAGAAACCCAAUACCAGCUCCCCACCACAAACUUCAAUCCAAAGCCAACUACUGCAAGCCGCCGAAGCUGUCUAUACUAGGAUCCAAGAUUACGAUGAUGGGUUGUCAACAUCCAAGCCAUUCUGCCUGCGAUAUCCAACCUAUUCGGCAGUCCUUGAACACUCGAAGGCCAUGCAGAAUCAGUGUGAUAUCCUCCCAAAUGAUCGUAUGGUGGUUUUGCUUGAUGAAGCAGGUGUCUGUGUGGGAGUAGGUGUUCCACCUAAUCCAGCCUCCAGUGGACGUCACAUGAAGCCAGAUAUCCGUGCAAAGAUGACACUUGACGAUACUGUCUCAACCUCCUCAUGGGAUACCCUGGAUGGGGCGGCCAAAUCUAAGGGAAUGCACGAUCUCAAAAUCAAGAUCACCAAGAAGCAAAUCGAUUUGGAUGAGCUACAAGGGUACAAAAGCUUAUGGAGGACCAAGCCCUUCACUUCCCUCCUACCAAAUCCACUUCGCGAGAGCCAAAACACCCUGGAUGUUCAAGCUAUGGCCAAAUUCCGAAACGAGAUUACUUAUUACUCCAAGCUGUCUUUAUGGAUUAAUAAGGCCUUCUUGCCCAAAGCAGCUUCCAUAGCCGAAGACGCAAUCACAUACCUGAAGCAACAUGGAAGUGAUCUACUACGAGACAACUUAGCAAAUGAAAAGAAUCUAAUAAUUGCUUCCCGAACAAUCAGUGUCAAUCAUCAAGUCCAUACUCAUCGGGAUAAAAAGAAUGCAUUGCUUUUUGACUCUGCUUGCUUCUUUGGUAACCACAACGGUGGGGAGUUCCUGCUACCAACAUUAGGUGUUGCUUACCCUGGAUUGCAUGGAUAUUCGUUCCAUGGACCACUUCGAAUCCUUUUACAUGGUGUAGCUAGGUUUCACUUUCCAGCCAAUUUACACGAACCACCCCGUCGAUACUCAGUGGCAUUUUGGAGUCGGGCAAGCUCUUUUGCCGCAGUAGCAAGAGACUCUGCUGAUAGAGAUGGGAAAAAGGUCAAGACAUUUUCAUCAACCUGUGUAGCCCAGUAUGAAAGCUGA